CACGCUCUAACCAGCUGAGCUAACCGGCCGCUUCCUGUCUGAAUCGUGACGUCAUCAAGAUUCUCAAUAGGACCCACAGAAAUGAAAGUAAAACACUUUAGUAAGCUGAAAGCGAAAACGACUGUUCGCAGACGGUAGGACUUGAUAAACAUCCUCCUCAAUCUACAUUCCCUGAGGAUGUCAGUGCAGUUCUCUGGCUGGGAGGUGGUGGAUGAUGGGGCCUGUUUUUCUGGUGUGGAGCUUGGACAAUCCCAGACACCCCAAAAUCGCGGUGUCUACACUAUGUACCAUGGCACCACUAUUGCCAGUGCACGGGUCAUCAUUACCAGCGGUUUUAAACAGUCAGCAGGUGGCACACUGGGACAAGGCGUGUAUGUCAGUCGUGAUAUAAAAAAGGCUUCCAACUAUCCAUUGUCCUGCAUGAGUACAAACCGGGUUAUCCUGAAGUUGCGUGUGCGUGUUGGCCGGGUCAAACGCAUUGACCAGAUCAACCAUCCCAUGCAGAUUACCUGGAAUGCACAUGGCUAUGACACCGCCUGGUUGCCCCCCAAAUGUGGUCUUAGUGGCUUAGAAGAGGAUUGUGUGUUUGACCCCAAACGAGUGCAGGUGAUAGGAAUUGCGACGGCGCCUGACAACACCAUAGAGAGUGAACUGAAACAGCUUCUAUCAAAAUCAUCCAAAAGCCACGCAGGUAGAGGAGCAGGAAGAGGGGGAGGGGGUGAUGGUGCUGCAAAAGUGUGUUCACUGUGUAAGAGGAAGACCCAGCAGGGCUCUCCACACAUCACACAGCAGUGCUGGGAGUGUGGUCAAAACAUCUGCAUCCUCAUGUCCAAGCACCUCUGUCCUGCCAAACAAGGAAGACAGUAGCUUGAAAAACAGGGUGAAGUUGUGAAGCACUACCUGUACUUUGUAGCACAGCAACUGUAAACUCAACUUAUAAUUAUACUUUAAUAAUAUGACUCACAGAGUCAAUCUUUUUCAUUCAGUUAUAACUAAAAGUUGUCUAACAUGGUCAGUCCCCCAAAUUUACAUACAAGCCUUUUUAUGACAUCAUGAUUUAUGAUGAAGCAACCAUUGUUUGUACUUCACUGUUCCAGUUUCAUCAGAAACUGAAAAUAAAUACAAUGGCUAUGUGAAAGGAUAUUGUUACAUAUUUCAAGAAGAAAACAACAUAUUUCAGAAACAAUUUGCUACCGACCACAGCAAACAUUAUAAUCCAACCACUUCUUAGCUCACCACACUAUCUCAUGUGUUAGUCUACUUCAAACAGUAGGAAAUACAUACAUUUAUACUUUGCCAAAAAAGUGGUAUAAUGCCAAUUGUUUUCUGACAGAGUUAAUCAGUGUUCUUCUUACCAUAUUGUUUCUCUAAAUUUGUCAUCUGUUGUCUUUAACUUUUACUGUUGUCACAGUAAACAGAUGUCAUUUUCCCUGCACUCAAAAAUGUUGUAUACUUGAAUCUAAAUGUAAGAUUUCACAUCUGCUUUGAAUAAAAAUGUGUUUGCAACAAUUCUUGCUUCAACUAGUUA